UGCGUGAUGACGUAGAGGGCGUUGAUUGGGAGCGAAAACUAGUGCCCGUGCGUGCGCGGUACCUCUCCUGCCCAAACUGAACUGUUCCUUGCACCUAAGUAAACACUAUGUCAGGUUGGGAGUCUUAUUACAAAAACGAGGGCGAUGAAGAAGAAGAACAAGAAGAAGGCCUUGAAGCAGGUGGAGAAUAUACAUACUCAGGAAGAGAUAGUUUGAUUUUUUUGGUUGAUGGUUCUAAGGCCAUGUUUGAAUCUCAGGAUGAAGUUGAACUGACUCCUUUUGACAUGAGCAUCCAGUGUAUCCAGAAUGUAUAUACCAAUAAGAUCAUAAGCAGUAAUCAAGAUCUCUUGGCGGUGGUGUUCUAUGGUACUGAGAAGGAUAAAAAUUCAGUGAAUUUCAAAAAUAUUUACGUCUUACAGGAGUUGGAUAAUCCAGGUGCUAAGCGAGUGCUUGAGCUUGACCAGUUUAAGGGGGAGCAGGGGAAAAAACGUUUCCAAGAUCUAAUUGGCCAUGGAUCUGACUACUCGCUAAGUGAAGUGCUGUGGGUCUGUGCCAACCUCUUUAGCGAUGUCCAGGUCAAGAUGAGCCAUAAGAGGGUCAUGCUGUUCACCAAUGAAGACGACCCCCACCGCAAUGACAGUGCCAAAGCCAGCCGCGCCAGGACCAAAGCCGCAGAUCUCCGUGACACAGGUAUCUUCCUGGACUUGAUGCACCUGAAGAAACAUGGGGGCUUUGACAUAUCAUUGUUCUACCGAGAUAUCAUCAGCAUCGCGGAUGAUGAGGACCUAGGGGUUCACUUUGAGGAGUCGAGCAAGCUGGAAGACCUAUUGAGGAAGGUUCGAGCCAAGGAGACCAAGAAGCGCGUGCUCUGCAGUCUGAAGCUUAAGCUCAGCAAAGACACAGCGCUCACUGUGGGCAUUUAUAAUCUGGUCCAGAAGGCGUUCAGGCCUCCUCCGGUGAGGCUUUAUCGGGAAACCAAUGAACCAGUGAAAACCAAGACUCGGACAUUUAAUGUAAACACAGGCAGUUUGCUUCUGCCUAGUGACACCAAGAGGUCUCAGAUCUAUGGGAAUCGUCAGAUUGUGCUAGAGAAAGAGGAAACAGAAGAGCUGAAACGGUUUGAUGAGCCAGGUUUGAUUCUCAUCGGUUUCAAGCCCUUGAUAAUGCUGAAGAAGCACCAUUACCUGAGGCCCUCCCUGUUUGUGUACCCUGAGGAGUCCCUGGUAAAUGGGAGCUCAGCUCUGUUCAGUGCUCUGCUCACCAAGUGUCUGGAGAAGGAGGUCAUGGCAGUGUGCAGAUACACCCCCCAUCGGAACACCCCUCCUUAUUUUGUGGCCUUGUUGCCACAGGAGGAGGAGCUGGAUGACCAGAAAAUUCAGGUGACUCCCCCAGGUUUCCAGCUUGUCUUCUUACCCUAUGCCGACGACAAACGGAAGGUGCCCUUUACUGAAAAAGUCAUGGCUAACUCAGAGCAGAUAGACAAGAUGAAGGCCAUUGUUCAGAAGCUGCGUUUUAAUUAUAGAAGCGACGCCUUUGAGAACCCGGUGCUGCAGCAGCACUUCAGGAACCUGGAGGCCCUGGCUUUGGAUUUGAUGGAGCCCGAACAGGCAGUGGAUUUGACAUUGCCCAAAAUUAAAGCAAUAGACAAGAGACUCGGCCCCCUGGUGGAUGAGUUUAAGGAGCUUGUCUACCCACCUGAUUAUAAUCCUGAAGAAAAAGUUUCCAAGAGGAAACAAGAUGAUAAAGGUUCUGAAAGCAAGAGACCCAAGGUGGAGUUAUCUGAAGAGGAGCUGAAGGCCCAUGUCAGCAAGGGCACGCUGGGUAAGCUCACUGUGCCCAUGCUGAAGGAAGCGUGCCGGGUGUAUGGGCUGAAGGGCGGGUUGAAGAAGCAGGAGCUGAUGGACACGCUCGCUAAGCACUUCCAGAAGAACUGACCAGAGACCAAACAGCUAUAGCCACCCUUCUGCAUGAGAGCCGGGCUUCCUGGUCUCAGUAAGUUAAAACCUGUUUCUCCUGGGCCAGGAAGAGUCUGUCUGAUAGCCAAGAACUUUACUUUUAUGAGACUUUCUGUUGCCAUGGAGACAGCAUAGCCUCCCACUUUGCUGUGCUUUACUGUCUGAAUAAAGA